AUGUCUUCUCAAAAGUCCGCAAAUCUUGUUGCAACUCAAGAUAAUAAAAUGUCAAAAGAAAAUCGCCAUUUCGCCGAUUUUAAUCCCAACUUUUGGGGAGACAUUUUCCUCUCUUCUCUUACUGAAAUGAAUAUAGAUGCUAAAGCUCAUCUACAAUACGAAGCAUUGAAGCAACAAGUGAGGAGGAUGUUGGUGAUAAGUACCGAUAAACCUUACCAAAAUUUGGACAUAAUUGAUGCAAUCCAACGUUUAGGUGUGGCUUAUCAUUUUGAGAAAGAGAUAGAAGAUGCUUUACAUAUUAUAUAUCAUCAUCACUGCAAUAAUGCUCAGAUUGAUGAUGACCUCUACACUGCUUCUGUUCGAUUUCGUCUACUGAGAGAGCAUGGCUUCAAUGUUUGUUGUGAGACGUUCAAUAAGUUCAUUGAUGAGAAAGGGAAAUUUAAAGAAUCCUUAAUCAGUGAUGUGAAAGGCAUGCUAGAAUUGUACGAAGCUGCACACUUUCAACUGCAUGGAGAAACUAUAUUAAAGGAAGCUCUUGUUUUUACUAUGUUCCAUCUAAAGUUGGCAGAAACUACGAUGGACUAUCCUCUCUCUGCACAAAUUGCUAACGCUCUAAAGCGACCCCUUCGCAAGAGCUUGCCAAGGUUGGUUGCUAGGAGUUACAUUCCUAUAUACGAAGAAUAUGCUACCCAUGACAAAAAUUUAAUGAAAUUAGUAAAGUUAGAUUUCAACAUGGUACAACAUUUACACAAGGAGGAGUUAAGCAAAAUAAACAGGGGGUGGAAAUGUUUAGAUGUUGCGAUCAAUUUUCCUUUUAUACGAGAUAGAUUGGUGGAGUGUUAUUUUUGGAUAUUGGGAGUAAACUUUGAACCCCAUUACACCAUUGCUAGAAUUUUCAUGACCAAAGUAAUAUCGCUCACAUCAAUUUUGGAUGAUAUUUAUGAUGCAUAUGGCACAUAUGAACAACUUGAAAUCUUUACGGAAGCAAUUCAGAGGUGGGAUAUCAACUGCAUAGAUCAACUUCCGGACUACAUGAAAGUGUGGUAUAGUGAAGUCUUAAAUGUUUAUGAAGAAAUGGAAGAUUUAAUGUCCAAAGAGGGAAAAUCAUAUCGUGUCCAAUUCGCGAUAAAAGCGAUGAAACAACAAAGUCAAGUCUACCACGCUGAGGCCAAAUGGCUCCAUGAAAAUUACAUACCAACAAUGGAGGAGUAUAUGCCAAUAGCAUUAGUUUCUUGUGGUUAUCGGCUACUUACAAUUGCAUCUUGUGUUGGCAUGGAUGAUAGCAUAACAGAGGAGACAUUUAUUUGGGCAUUCAAUGACCCCAAAAUUUGUAGAGCUUCAAAUACUAUUUGUAGGUUGAUGAGUGAUAUCGUUAGCCACAAGUUUGAGCAAGAGAGAGGACAUGUUUCAUCGGCUGUGGAGUGCUACAUGAAACAACAUGGGGUGUCAAUGCAAGAGGCAUACAAUGAGUUCUACAAGCAAAUCAACAAUGCUUGGAAGGAUAUUAAUGAAGAGUGCUUGAAACCAACAGCAGCAGCACCAAGGUCGGCUCUUAAUCGAAUUCUAAAUCUUGCAAGGGUUAUGGAUCUCUUUCACAAGGGUGAAGAUGCUUACACGCAUGUUGGUGAUGCGGCCAAAACUAGCAUCAAUGCCCUGUUGAUUGAUUCAAUCCCAAUUUGAUUCAAGAAUUUAUAGUUCAACUGCACUCGAGCUCACUUUUGAGAAGUACAUCCUAAAAUAUCAGCAUUUGCAUGAAAUUUAUUCUUUUAUCCUCGUGUGGUCAGCUCAUUCGUAAAAUAA